AUGGCGGCGCUGCGACCCGUCUCUAGCCGUUGCGGCCUGCGCGAGGAGCCCGAUGGCUCUGCGGACUCGACGGGCACCUCCCGGACGCCGGUGCUCACCGUGUCGUCUGUGUCAAGCGAGCCGACUGGGUCGCCGGGGCAGGUCACCGAGCCACCGGGGGGCAAAAACCUGUGGGAGCAGAUCUGUGAGGAGUACGAGGCAGAGCUGCCUCCCUUCCCAGAGGGAUACAAAGUGAAAGCCGCAGCUCCGGCUCUGCCCACGGAGGAGGCAGUUGUCCACGGCUUUCAUGCAGAGCACUACCUUCCAGCUCCCCCUGCCGCCGUGACCUCACAUAUACCCUGCCCUCCAUAUAAGCUGGGAGUCAUCGAUCCAAAAACAUGUUCCCCCAAAGAAUAUUUGGAAACAUUCAUCUUUCCAGUUCUGCUUCCUGGAAUGGCCAGCCUACUUCACCAGGCAAAGAAAGAAAAAUGCUUCGAGAGGAAGAGAACCCGAUUCAUCGCCUGUGAUUUCCUCACCGAGUGGUUAUACAAUCAUCAUCCAAAGAGGUCAGGGGAGCCAUUCACAGAGUUCUUCUCCAUCCCGUUUGUGGAAGAGUGGCUCAAACAACACCCACGGCCACCAAUCCUCCUCUCCCUUCUGCUGACGGAAGAGCAAGCAGCAAUUGCCAUCCAGUCCUUCUGGAGAGCCUACCUGGUUCGCUGCGAUCCCGAGAUUCAAGAACUGCGUCAGUGGCAGAAAAAACUGCGCGAGGAAAAGCACGUCCGCCAGCGUGUCCGCACUUUCUGGGCCAAUCAGGAGCAGAAAGUGAGAUGCAAAAUGGAGGAGGAGGAGGAGGAGGAAGCAGAACCUGCAGCCAUGAAGCCACAACCUUAGCCUCCACAGGAAUCUUUUCCCAGCCGAAGACAGACUCCGUACACUGGGUCCUCCACAGCGCUUCCUGCCAUGGCGAGACUCAGUUCAGGAACAAACAGAAUCCUGUCCACCCAAGGCAGGAUCUCAGAUAUGUGUUGGUGCAAACUGUUUCUAAAAGAAAGGAGCCAGCUUUCUGAGUUAUCCCUACAUUUUGGGGGGUUGUUGUUGUUCAUUCAGAUAUUUUUUUCCCAGUCCCCAGAGAUGCCCAUGUGUUCAUGUUCCCAGGGGUCCCAAUUUUGGUUGCUUUUGCAAAGAUCCCUACGUUAAGUCCCUAACCUCCAAAUUCAGUUUUACCUUUGUGCUGUUUUUGAUUGAAAAAGAAAAGACAUCAUUGAUUAUGAUAAUUUUUGGCAGAGAUGGGUCCCUAAGUUUUCCUAUAAGCCCAACAGGCUGGGUUAUCUGAACCCCAAACAACUCAAACAGCAGAUUUUUGUUGUCUGGGCCCUCAAGACUUACAGGAAAGUUGCUUCUGUGGCAGACAAAUUAACGUACCACCCUCCCUUGUCCGUGGCUGCCUGCUAGCCAGCGUUCUCCCUUUCACAAUUUUACGGAUGCCACUAACAGCCCCGGCUGCGCACACCGGUUCGUUGCCACACACGACUACAUGACAUUAAGUAAAUAGUAAAGCCUUUAUUUUCAUGUUAAGAGCAGCAUCUGGAAAAUAAAACCUAUCUGCCCAUGCUUUAGAACUCUUCAAAUCUGCAACAUUUACAUACAGUCAUGUAGAGUACAGGUGGAUUGUCUUGACAUCGAAUAAGAUUUUUCAUGUUGGAGAAGUAGGCCAGUCAGCCGGGGGAAGAUUUAUAAAACACACGUUAAUACAUUUAAUAAAUAUAUAUUAUCUAUCCAAAAAA